UGGACAUUUGAGGAGCAGUUUAAGCAGGUUGUUUUGUAUGAGAUGUCAUCCGAGCCGAAGAGGAAAGAUUUUUUAGAUGAAUUGUUCGCAUUCAUGCAGAAGCGAGGCACUCCGGUAAAUCGUAUCCCAAUCAUGGCCAAGCAGACGCUGGAUUUGUACGAGCUGUUCAGGUUGGUCGUAUCGAAGGGCGGUCUGGUUGAAGUUAUCAAUAAAAAACUUUGGAGAGAAAUUACUAAGGGUCUCAAUUUACCAUCAUCAAUCACGAGCGCUGCUUUCACUCUAAGAACCCAGUACAUGAAGUACUUGUACCCAUUCGAGUGCGAGAAGAUGAAACUGAGUACCCUCUCUGAACUCCAAUCCGCCAUCGACGGGAACAGGCGGGAAGGACGCCGACCAGGCUACGGA